UGUGGCUGAUCGUGGCCAACAAGAGUUUCUUAACAUCAGUGUUAUUUGUGAAUAGCAACGAUCAAUUUGAUCUGUCUAGCACAAGUUGAUUAUUAAUACAUUUCCCUUUUUUUGAUUCUCGUGAAAAUUACAAUUUAAAUUUGUAAUAAAUAUAUAUAUAUACUGUGUCAUUGAGUACUGUGAUCAGGAAUUUUUUUAUUAAUUAUCUUUCUUAUGCGUAGCCACGCCGUCAAAUUGCUCAAAUGAAAUGGAGACUCCCAUCCGAUUAAGAGUAUAAUCCUUGUUCUAACCUAAAUAUGAACUACCUGUGACGUUUAUUAAUCGUCCAACAUCAACAUUAAAAAAUAUUUCCUUGAAUAUCAACCAUGUCAGCUAAUUCCCAGUUUGCGAGUCCACCUCCGGCAAUCAAUUUGCCCAAUAUGUCAGUACCUCCUCCAUCAACUCCAAAUUUAUCUGCUCCACCGCCCAACUUGACGACUAUCAACACAUCAGGAGGAUAUCAACAAAAAUUUGUCAAUCAUCGAGAUAAUGCAAGAGGAUUUUUUAAACCUUUUAGACCUUAUCAUGCUCCAAAAGUUAUUUCAGGACCUCAAGAUGCCUUACAAGAUGAGUUUGAUGGCAAAAGGCUUCGAAAAUCAGUGAUGAGAAAGACUGUUGAUUAUAAUUCUGCUAUAAUUAAAAGUUUAGAGAAUCGAGUGUGGCAACGCGACUAUCGAGAUAGACGAGCUUUGCAACCUGAUGUCAUGUAUUACCCUGAUCUUUUACCACCACCAAGUUAUGUGGAUAAUCCAAUUAAUGCAGUGACAACGAGAUUUGUCAAAACUGCUACUAAUAAAAUGAGAUGUCCAAUUUUUUGUAUGGCUUGGACACCAGAAGGUCGGCGUCUUGUUACUGGAGCAUCAAGUGGAGAGUUUACUCUUUGGAAUGGUUUAACAUUCAAUUUUGAAACAAUUCUCCAGGCACACGACAGCCCAGUAAGGACGAUGGUUUGGUCACACAACGAGAGCUGGAUGGUGACAGGGGACCAUGCUGGUUAUGUCAAGUAUUGGCAGAGCAACAUGAACAACGUCAAGAUGUUUCAGGCGCACAAAGAAGCGAUAAGAGGACUCAGUUUCAGUCCGACGGAUCACAAAUUGGCGACCUGCAGCGAUGAUGGAACUGUGAGAAUUUGGGACUUUCUACGCUGCCAUGAGGAGCGAAUUCUCAGGGGUCAUGGUGCGGAUGUAAAAUGUGUCCAUUGGCAUCCGCAAAAAAGUCUAGUCAUCUCAGGAAGUAAGGACAAUCAACAACCAAUAAAAUUAUGGGAUCCUAAAACUGGACAAUCUUUAGCAACUUUACAUGCUCACAAAAGUACAGUAAUGGAUGUGAAAUGGAAUGAAAAUGGUAAUUGGCUGGUCACAGCUUCACGAGAUCACCUGUUGAAACUCUUUGAUUUGAGGAAUUUGAGUCAGGAAGUUCAGACAUUUCGAGGGCACAAAAAAGAGGCUUCUAGUGUUGCUUGGCAUCCAAGUCAUGAAGGUUUAUUUUGUAGUGGUGGUAGUGAUGGUGCUAUUCUCUUUUGGCAUGUAGGAGCUGACAAAGAAGUAGGCGCUAUUGAACAAGCUCAUGACAGUAUUGUUUGGACUCUAGCAUGGCAUCCGUUGGGUCAUAUUUUAUGUUCUGGAAGUAACGAUCAUACAUCUAAAUUCUGGACACGUAAUCGUCCAGGAGAUCUUAUGAGAGAUAAAUAUAAUCUUAACACUUUACCCGCGGGAGCAGCUGGUAUUGAUGACCAUGAAAUUGCUGAUGAAGCAGCGGUUAUCCCGGGUAUGGGACCUGAAGAUAAAAUAAACAUUGAGAGUGAGCCUGAAGAGAAAAAUACUGGGAUACCUGGCUUGGAUCUUGAUCAUGUUACUGAUGACACGAAAAAGAGUGCAAGUAAAAAAGUUCCAUAUAGCAAACCUAUUCCAAGAAAUUUCCAAGCACAAUGGAACGAAAUGGAAGCUGAAGAUCCUGAGCAAGUUGAAGCUCUAAAUGCCAUUGUAAAUCAAUUAAUUGAAACGACUCCUGGUGCUGUGCCUCUUAAUGAAGUUACACCUAAUGCUAUUAUUUUGUACGGAAAAAUGAUUCCUGUUGAACCUGGUUCCAAGUUAGCAGACGCCAUAGUUAAGGGUAAUGAUGCGAUAAAUAAAUUAAUUGUCUCAGGAGAAAUUGAGGAGCUUAGAGAUGUCACAAUCAAUAUACCUGAAGAAGUAGACGAAAAUGAAGACUAUCUGCAGGAUGAUGGAGAGAUUGAUUAUUCCAAGGUUCCUAACGUUGAACUUCCCCCGCCCUUACCUAGUUCUAAGUUUGCACAAAAUCCAGAACUUUUAAAAGCUUUAAAUUGUGGUGGAAAACGAAAAUUCGAUCAAUUAAUAGGCUGGACUGAACAAAAUUCAGCUGAUAGAAAUACUAAAUUGCAUCCACCAGUUUUUGGUAGUAAUUCCGUAGCUGAAGAUUCUCAGGGCAGUGAUAAUGAUUUGCGACAAAUGUUAGGGAAAAAUUCUCAAGAUGUUAAUUAUUAUUUAAAUCAAGAUGAGGAUCUUAGAAGAAUAAAUAAUGUAGAAGGUCGUAGUUAUAUAAAUCAUGGUGACGAAAGUAUAAGAUUUAAUGUAACUGGAAGUGGUCCAGGAAGGCCAGGAGCCAAUGAUUUUGAUCUUCGUCAGAAUUCCUUUGGAGAUAGAGAUUUCAGACACUUAGGUCCACCAAUGGGUUUCAAAAAGUCUUCCAUGGAUAGUGAUUCGUUUGGAGAAAUGGAUAGAGACAGUCGACCAAGGCCUUGGGAUGAUGAUAAAAAUGUUGGUGGUUCCAAUGAUGGAAAUCGGAAUAAUUUCGAUAAACGUGACAUUAUGCCUCCAAAUCUGGCUAAUAACAUGGCUUUAGCAUUAGGCAAUUUAUCCGGAAAUAUGAAUACAAAUCAUCAUAACAUGCAAAAUAUUAAUCCAAAUAUGCCACCAAUAUUAUCAAUGUUACCUCAUACAGCUAUCAAUCAAUUUUCUAAUAUUCAGAAUAAGAAUAAUCCUAAUCUUAUGUCGAAUAAUAUGAAUGACAAUUCACUCCCACCGCAUUUAGCACACAUCGGUGGUCCACUAAUGCCUCCAAAUGUAGGUGGAAAUUUCGGGCCUAAUUUCAGACCACCAAAUGGAAACUUCGGACCCAACCAACAUUUCCGGCCGAAUCUUAUGGCUCCUUUUGCACCUAAUCAAGGUGGAGGACCAUUUAAUAAUAAUUUCCCUGGACCACCCAACUUUCGAUGUCCAAAUCCUGGUAAUCAACUUCCGCCAAAUUUCGAUCGUCCUGGCUUUGGACCCAAUUUCAGGAAUUCAAUGUCCGGUAAUCAAUCUGGAAUGGGGCCUAAUGGAGGAGGAGGUUUUAAUGCUGGAUUUGGAAAAAACUACAACAAUUCUGGAGGAAAUAAAAAUGGUCCCAAUCGUGGAAUGAAUCGAAAUUCAAAUGACAAUAACAGGAAUAAUUAUAACAAUCGAGCUCGUGGACGAGACAAUGAUCAAUCAAGAGGUUCAAGACUCCGAGAUAAUUAUUAAGAACAAUGUGCGAUAAAUAUUUAUUUCUUCAAG